AGGAGCAGCGGAGAGCACAUCAUGCCUCCCACUUUGGAAGGACAACAGCCGCCCGGAAAAAAAAUCCCAAAGUAUGAUAUUGAAGCCAUUUUGCAGCAGAGGAUCAUGGUAUUGGAUGGAGGUAUGGGGACCAUGAUCCAACGCUAUACGCUGACUGAAGAGGACUUCAGAGGACAGGAGUUGAAAAACCAUGCCAAGCCUUUGAAAGGCAACAACGAUCUCUUAAGUAUAACUCGGCCUGAUAUCAUUUGCAAUAUCCAUAAGGAGUACUUGAUGGCGGGAGCAGAUAUUAUUGAAACAAAUACCUUUAGCAGCACCAGGGUUGCCCAGGCUGACUAUGGCCUUGAACACUUGGCUUAUCGACUGAACAAAUGUUCUGCAGAAGUGGCUAGAAAGGCAGCAGAUGAUGUAACUUCCCAGACAGGGAUUAAGAGAUUUGUGGCAGGAUCCAUAGGUCCCACCAAUAAGACUCUCUCUGUAUCUCCUUCUGUGGAAAGACCGGAUUACAGAAACAUCACCUUUGAUGAGCUAGUUGAAGCUUACCAGGAACAGGCUAGAGGACUUCUAGAUGGCGGAGUUGACAUUUUAUUGGUAGAAACCAUUUUUGAUACUGCCAAUGCUAAGGCAGCCUUGUUUGCACUCCAGAAACUCUUUGAAGAGGGAUAUGAUCCCCGGCCCAUCUUUGUUUCAGGGACUAUUGUGGAUAAGAGUGGGCGAACUCUUUCAGGACAGACAGGAGAGGCAUUUGUCAUUAGCGUGAGCCAUGCAGAACCGCUAUGCCUUGGAUUAAACUGUGCUUUAGGUGCCCUGGAAAUGAGACCUUUCAUUGAAACAAUUGGCAAGUGCACAACAGCAUAUGUCCUCUGUUAUCCCAAUGCAGGUCUUCCCAAUACUUUUGGAGAGUAUGAUGAAACACCUGAAAUGACUGCCAUGCAUAUAAAGAACUUUGCAUUAGAUGGUUUGGUCAAUGUUGUAGGUGGUUGUUGUGGAACCACACCGGCUCAUAUCAGGGAAAUUGUAGAAGCUGUGAAAAAUUGCAAACCUAGAGUUCCCCCUGCAUCCAUUGCUGAAGGGUAUAUGUUGCUGUCAGGUCUAGAGCCCUUCAGGAUUGGACCAUAUACCAACUUUGUUAACAUUGGCGAACGCUGUAAUGUUGCAGGAUCAAGAAAGUUUGCUAAACUCAUCAUGGCAGGAAACUAUGAGGAAGCUUUGAGUGUGGCUAAAGCCCAGGUGGAGAUGGGAGCUCAGGUUCUAGAUGUUAACAUGGAUGACGGGAUGUUGGAUGGCCCUAGUGCUAUGACCAGAUUUUGUAACUUCAUUGCUUCUGAACCUGAUAUUGCCAAGGUGCCAUUGUGUAUUGACUCUUCCAACUUUGCUGUGAUAGAAGCUGGAUUAAAAUGCUGCCAAGGGAAGUGUAUCGUCAACAGCAUUAGUCUGAAGGAAGGUGAUGGUGACUUCCUGGAAAAGGCUAGAAAGAUCAAGAAGUAUGGGGCUGCUGUGGUGGUCAUGGCAUUUGAUGAAGUGGGUCAAGCCACAGAGACUAACAACAAAAUUGAAGUAUGUACCCGAGCCUAUCAUCUCCUUGUUAAAAAAGUAGGAUUUAACCCAAAUGAUAUCAUCUUUGAUCCCAAUAUUCUUACCAUUGGGACAGGAAUGGAAGAGCACAACUUGUAUGCUGUUAACUUUAUCAAUGCAAUUAAAACCAUCAAGGAAACAUUACCCGGAGCCAAAAUAAGUGGUGGUCUUUCCAACUUGUCCUUCUCCUUCAGAGGAAUGGAAGCCAUUCGAGAAGCCAUGCAUGGUGUUUUCCUUUACCAUGCAAUAAAGUUUGGUAUGGACAUGGGAAUAGUGAAUGCAGGAAAUCUUCCAGUGUACGAUGACAUUCACAAAGACCUCCUACAGCUUUGUGAAGAUCUGAUUUGGAAUAAGGACCCAGAGGCUACAGAAAAGCUGUUACGCUAUGCCCAGACUCAUGGCACAGGAGGGAAGAAAGCCAUCCAAACAGAUGAAUGGCGGAAUGGCCCAAUUGAGGAAAGAUUGGAAUAUGCCCUAGUUAAGGGCAUUGAAAAACAUAUUGUAGAGGACACUGAGGAAGCUAGAAUGAAAAAGGACAAAUAUCCUCGACCAUUGAACAUAAUUGAAGGACCAUUGAUGAAUGGCAUGAAAGUAGUUGGUGAUCUCUUUGGUGCUGGAAAGAUGUUUCUUCCCCAGGUAAUAAAGUCGGCCCGGGUCAUGAAGAAGGCAGUUGGCUACCUCAUUCCUUUCAUGGAAAAAGAACGAGAGGAAGCAAGGGCUCUUAAUGGGAGCGUGGAAGAAGAGGACCCUUACCAAGGCACGAUUGUGUUGGCGACUGUCAAAGGUGAUGUGCAUGACAUAGGCAAGAAUAUUGUGGGUGUAGUCCUGGGAUGUAAUAAUUUCAGGGUUAUUGAUUUAGGAGUUAUGACUCCCUGUGAUAAGAUCCUGAGAGCUGCUCUUGACAACAAAGCAGAUAUAAUUGGCCUGUCUGGACUCAUCACUCCUUCUUUGGAUGAAAUGAUUUUUGUUGCCAAGGAAAUGGAGAGAUUAGAUAUAAAGAUUCCUUUGUUGAUUGGAGGAGCAACCACUUCCAGAACCCAUACUGCAGUUAAAAUAGCACCAAGAUAUAGUGCUCCUGUAAUACAUGUCCUGGAUGCAUCUAAGAGCGUGGUGGUGUGCUCUCAGCUCUUGGAUGAAAAUCUGAAGGAUGACUUCUUUGAGGAAAUCAUUGAAGAGUAUGAAGACAUUAGACAAGACCAUUAUGAAUCACUCAAGGAAAGAAGAUAUUUAACCUUAGAUCAAGCCAGGAAAAAAGGCUUCCAUAUAGACUGGCUCUCAGAACCACCCCCAGUGAAACCCAAAUUUUUUGGGACUCAAGUUUUUGAAGACUAUGAUCUGCAGAGGCUGGUGGACUACAUUGACUGGAAACCUUUCUUUGAUGUUUGGCAACUCAGGGGCAAAUACCCGAAUCGAGGUUUUCCCAAGAUCUUUAAUGACAAGACAGUGGGGGAAGAAGCCAAAAAAGUAUAUGAUGAUGCCCAAAAUAUGUUGAAGGAACUCAUCAAUCAAAAGAAACUACAAGCUAGGGGUUUGGUUGGAUUCUGGCCAGCACAGAGUGUCCAGGAUGAUAUUUAUUUGUAUGCAGAAGAUGCCAUACCACAAUCUGCAGAGCCAAUAGCGAAAUUUUAUGGCUUAAGACAACAGGCAGAAAAGGAUUCUGCUAGCACAGACCCUUAUUAUUGCCUGUCUGACUUCAUUGCUCCUCUGGAAUCUGGGGUCCGUGACUACUUGGGCCUCUUUGCUGUGGCCUGCUUUGGAGUAGAUGAACUGAGCAAGGCCUAUGAGGAGCAGUGUGACGUCUACAGCAGCAUUAUGGCUAAGGCCCUGGGAGACAGGUUGGCAGAGGCUUUUGCAGAAGAACUUCAUGAAAGGGUUCGCAAAGACUUGUGGGCUUACAGUGACAGUGAGCAGCUGGAUGUUGCUGACCUGCGGAGAAUUCGGUAUGGAGGCAUCCGCCCUGCUCCCGGCUAUCCCAGCCAACCUGAUCAUACUGAAAAGCUCACGAUGUGGAAACUUGGUCAUAUUGAAGAAACCACAGGGAUCAAACUUACAGAAUCAUUAGCAAUGGCACCUGCUUCAGCUGUCUCUGGUCUCUACUUUGCCAAUCUGAAGUCCAAAUAUUUUUCUAUUGGUAAAAUUUCCAGGGACCAGAUUGAAGAUUAUGCUUUGAGGAAAAACAUGUCUGUGGAUGAGGUUGAGAGAUGGCUGGGACCCAUUUUGGGAUACGAUGCAGACUAACUCGCCUAUCAUCUUCUUCCCACCUAAAGAUGGAACUACAGUCUAUGAAUCCAUUGUUGAAAGAACCCUAUGUCAGGUGUCACUUUUUCUAGGAAAAAAAAUUGUGUGUGCAUAUGAGAGUUUGCAAUGUAAAAUAAAAUUUGAAAACACCCACCUUGUUUUAUUCUUGUAUGUCAAGCAGAAGGUUGCAGGAAAGAAGAACUUCAGAGAUAUGCAUGCAUCUUCAAGCACAUUUUCUACAUUAGGAUUCCCAGCCAUACAGAUCAUCCCAUGGGGUA